CUUGUAGACUGCAAUCAAUCCGGUCUGUCUCACUACUACUUCGAUUCCGGUCUGUGGCACGGUCAUGGUAUACGACCAUCUUGGGGCUUUUUACGCGAUGGUGAGCUGCACACGAUCACUCUAGCCACGACUGGUGCCGUUCGUACCACCGGGGGAGUAAAUGCAUUCUCGUUGGAUUUGAGUAUGCCACCGAAUGCGAUCGAUAUGAUUGACGAGACACUCUUGNCGUCUUUGCGUGUAUCCGACUCUAUUCAAACCACCGAUACCGUCCAACCCAAUGCACUUUCGUCCAUAUUUCACCCAUCCACAAACGGCUGUGCACUUUGGGAGCCGAUUCCCGGUCUUGCACCAUUGGAAGCUUAUGCAGACGCUCUCCAAUGUGAUGUGUUUGACGCUAACUCCUCAGAACACACGCCGUCCGAAUCAUCGAGCACUCCUCGUGUUGAUCGAAUGCGCCGUCUCAUGAGUUUGUGUUUAGCUUUGUGGGGUCGUCCUCCUCAAGAGACCUUGGCUGGUGUACUUGAACGCGAACAGGAACAGUUACUUGGUGAACCGGAUCCGAUCGGGCGACCAGGGCAAACGAAACACGCUAGAGAUUACGAUCAUACGUUGCCUGUCGAUGCAACACUGUCCGAUGAGAUGGAUGAAACAGAAAGGCGAUCCUGCCCGGCCGGUAUUAGUUCCGUGUCUUGCAAGCAGGCAGUUUCCGAAUGGAUCAGAACUCAGUCUUUUUCUUGGCUUCGAGCCCGACUGCGUCAUUUGAACUUGUGGCAUUUAGUAAAGUCUCCAUCUGCCAACCUCGGCGAUAUCACUGACAGCGAAUCAUCGAUGAUGGAAUUCCCGGUGCCUAAACUGACGAUAGUGACCACAGAGACAGUGGGUGAAGGAAUCUUCGCGUGUCUCGUCGCAGGGGAACCAGGUGCUGCUUGUCGUUUGGCUCUUGGUGCCUCCAUGUCCGGUUUGGCCUCCCUGAUAGCUCAGGCCACGGCCGGAGAUGCAAUCGUUCGGCGGGGUUUACAGCGACAAUUGCAAAUGUGGCACGAAUUGAAGUAUGAUCAACACAUUCCACUGGUCAUUUUACGCAUCUACGCACUGUUGGCUGGCCGUUCCGAGUUUCCUCAUCCUAAAACCACUCGUCCAGUCCUUGUUCUAGCUCAGUUAGAUUGGAUUAGAGUUCUCGGUGCGUAUAUUUGGUAUUUGACAGAUUAUGCUUUGGAUAUUACCGAAGUGUUGAAUGCCUAUAGUCGGGCAUGGCAUGGCAGUGAUCCGCGUUCGGAUAGGGCUCUGGCACGUCCUAUUCCACCAGAGGAUAAGGAUUUGGACCCCUCUGAUCCUCCACAGUGUCCACGGAUGCCGACAGACUUUCCGGAGUUCAUGAUCGAUACAGCUUAUCACCUACUUCAGUUGUUUUGCAAACGCACCCAUCGAUUGGAACGCACCCUGGACCCAUGCGGAGUGCACCGGCGCAAUGUGGAUGCAACUAAUCAGACACCAACUUGUAGCAAAAAUUCCGCUAGUUUGAUUGAUUGGACUCCCAGCUGGAUGCUCUGGCGUGUGCUGGUCGCCUUGGGCUAUCGUCACUUCGAAUCGGAUCUUAUCGAGUCGCGUAUAUGUGCCGAAUACGCCUCUCAACUGGAAGCUGUUGGCUUAUGGGAAUGGGCCGUGUUCGUCCGGCUUCAUGAACCUCAUCAACAAAGCCGGGACACAGCGGUCAAGUCUAUCGUAGCUCGCCACGUAUCGCUGGUGUUGCCUCCGGGUCUACUGUCUUCAGCAAUGCAGCAGCAGCAAUCACACACAUCAGCUAACUAUGAUCAACAGACAAUACUGUUGGACUGCGCGACCGAGGUCUUGGACCAACUAGUUUUGUCCCCAUCGCCUCCUCUAACCAAAGCGGAGCGGUUUGUGGUCGAAAAGCUGGGUGUUCCAGUCCAAUGGAUUCACGAAGCUAAGGCCGUUCUCGCCAGGCGUCGAUUUGCUGCCUGCAAUCAACUGGUCGAAUUGAGCCACCUCGGCUCUCGAAUCAGCCCCAAAAGUCGCCAGUAUAGUUUGAACGCACGCCUGUUCGCCACAUUGGAAGCCUCUCAUUGGUUGUCUGCUGGACAUACCGAGAUGGCACAUUCGGUUUGCAUGGAAUAUAUUUUACCUGAAUUAGUCUUACACUCAGAUACCUCAGCUUCGCUGAGCGCUGAUCCUGGAGUCUCGUGGUCUUUGUGUCGCCUAGGUCACCGUCUGGCUCGUCUGUUACAACCAUUCGACGCUCUUCCGUCCGCAAAGUUGCCCAAACGAUUCGCUCAUGGUGUGGGUUUGUACCUGAUGUACAGUGACAUUCUCGGUCUGACCGAACUACUUGCACGGUUGUGCCAGACACGUACCUUGUCCGGGACUAGAGCUGAGUUGCGCGGACCCAGUGAAAGCGAUGCGGACGAUGAUGAUGAUAAUGUAGAUAAUGCAGAAAUGGUGACGGUAGCAGGAAUGCAAGAUCAGUUGGCUUCAACCCUCAGUUCACUUCGAUCUCAGUUGGCCACCUUCACUGAACAGCUGCAGUACAUGGUCACGCCUAACUUGACUGCCAAGGUCGUGCGCACAGAGAUGGCCACGGUCUGCGCGUAUGUGAUCUCAGCUUUCCUGAUCGCUGGAGUCAGUACGAACUGCGAACCGACGGUCGACGAAAAUCAGGUCAGCGUGCUAGACGAUUUGCAAAAUCAGCUGAUGGCGAUGACCAAAGUUGGUCUCCCGGCCGAUUAUCAUUUGCGAGAACAAAGCAUCUUGGCUGAGGCUAGGUUAUCAAUCGGUGUUGUGUGA